ACCCAGCCCCCAUUUCCACUCCAAAUUUAGCUCAACUUUCCAACCCCAAUCAGCUUCUCUCUGCCCCUAUCUCUCUCUCUCUCUCUCUCUCUCUCUCUCUCUCUCUCAACCAACGAAAAAUGGAGGUCAUCAUCGCAUCUUGGCCACCUUGACCCCCACAUUUUCUUUUUCCUUUCCCAAAAGCUCAUUCUAGGGUUUCUUCCCCCAAUCUUUCAUUUUGGGGGGUUUUUCAUUUUUUGCCCUAGAAUUUGCUUCAGCACUUGAAGUCCCUUUAACCCAAUUCAUCACAAGCUUCAUGUUCAGCUCUGCAGCAUAGUACUCACUAGUAAAAAUGGGGAUGAAGUUUUCAAGGCAAGUGCCUGGGAAGAUGGAAAGCCUGACCAUACAACACAAACUGAUCAAUUGUCUGAGUAAAAGCUUUUACAUCCGUAACUUGGUGUCGAAGCAACGGAGGCGAAUGCUUGUUGCUGGUUAUGAUCUUGACAUGACCUACAUCACGGAUCGCAUAUUGGCAAUGUCAUUCCCUGCAGAACGAAUGCGGGCAAUGUAUCGUAAUCCACUCUGGCAGGUCAAGUCUGUGCUCGAUAUGAGACACGCAGAUCAUUAUAAGAUCUAUAACCUUUGUAUAGAAGAAAAUUAUGAUCCGUCUCAUUUUUAUGGUCGCGUGGAGAGGUUUCCUUUUGAUGACAAUCAUGUUCCACCUCUUGACUUGAUGAAGCUCUUCUGUGAAAAUGUGGAUUCAUGGCUAUCGCACAAUCCAAAGAACAUUGCUGUUAUACACUGCAUGGCAGGCAAAGGUCGAACAGGCUUAAUGGUAUGUGCCUACCUAGUCUACUGUGGGAUCUCAGCAGAGGAAGCUCUUGAAUUGUAUGCUCAAAGGCGGACCAUAAAUAAUGAAGGAGUCUCAAUACCGAGCCAACGCCGUUAUGUAGGAUAUUGGUCACAUUGUCUUUCUUUUCAUCCUGAAGUUGAUGAUGGACCUCCCUCUGUGAAUUUACCUCCGCCAUGUAGCAGAGAACUGCGAAGAAUCCGAUUUUAUGACACAGUUAACAUUGACAAAAUCUUCUUUGUGGUCUUGGAGUUGAAAGAGAUUUCCGGUCAGAUUUAUCGUCCAUCACUAGAAGUUGCUAGGAGCUCCUGCAAACAGAUUAAGAAAGGAUAUCAGAGAACAAGCAGUCCUCGAUAUUAUCUCUCUUUCGUUGAAGGUGAUGGGGAAGACAAGAAAUCAGAACAAGAAAAGCCUCAUGUUGUAGUUCAAAUGGAUACAGAAAGUUCCAUCCUAUACCAGAAGGCCUGUCUUGAAUAUUACUUUGAUAAGCCUGUACAGGUAACUGGAGACAUACGUGUCAUAUUUUAUCAAAAAAUGAAUGGAGGGCGUCUCUUCUAUGCUUGCUUUAACACAGCUUUCAUAAGGAACAGCUUGCUACAGCUCACUGUGCCGGAUUUGGAUAAAAUGGGGAAGAAAGGAAGAUCGAUAUGUGGCCCUGCCUUCUGCUUGGAGUUGCUAUUUGGUCCUGCCAAUACUACACAAUCAUUCUUAAAUACAUCUGAUAAUCGUGAUUUUCUAUAAGUCUUAACACGGGAUCGUUUAAUAGGGGGAAUGACUCUCAUUCUGACUCACAAGCAUUGAUCCACUUGAUAAAACCCUGCAGUGUUUCGGAACUGAAACAGUAGUCUACAUACAAACAAAAUCAUUGUCCUCCUGCAUUCUUGCCAUCUAAUUUUUCAUUGGCAGAAAGAAAGCAAUAGGAACAAGAAAAAGUUUUGUAUCAUAGAACUAUCCAGAGCAUUUUGCAGAUGGUGAUAUAUAUAUAAAUAUAUAUUAGUUCAGUUUGGCUUUCUUCUUUUCAUUCCACUUAUAGAUUGACUUAGGAUCAAUCAAAUCAAUCUGCAGCAUUCUAUCAACUUAUGAUGCUAUGCAUGUCACAGACAAAUGGCCUAAGCAGAAGCAUUUCUUCAUAGAAUUAUAACUUGAGCAUCAAUCUUCACUUCCUUUAGCUGUUGACAGACAAAAGGGCGACUUUUUUCAACCCAAGGUGAAUCUGAAGCAUCGUCAUUGGUCCAACUCACCAUCAUAAUAGAGUUUCCCAAAUGGAUCGAUUACCAUCUUCUCCAGCUUCGUCACCGGUAUCAGAACACAGAUAGCAAGCUCUACCUCGUGCCAGUUACCUUGAACCAUGUUGAUAGUAACUCUUUUCAACUAAUCAUGCAAAAAUCCAGAAUCAAUGUUCCUUAUCUCCGGUUGGUCCUCGUAGAAUUGCGGUCCCCACCUUGCCUGCGAAAUUUUUUGCAUUCAAUUUGGUAGAAUGAGGUGAGAGAUUAGUAUUGAGAGAAUCCCACAACACCAAAAGGAUUGACAACAGAAAUCAUUUGCAACAGACUUGAAACAAUUUAGUUACUGACCGUUAUCGCAGGUUCUUGCAGAAGAGGUGUUGCCUUGAGAAACUUUAGAACCCCACACGAGUUCAUUGUCCUUGCUACUUUUUUCAGGCCCAUGGACAACCAAUUCCAGUUGCUUGAGGUUUCUAAAUGUUGAUCAUCCUCCAAGAGCAAAUAAAGAGUCACGAGCUGAGGAAAGGAUGCCAAUCGGGUCAGUGCAUGAGGGAAUGCAUUUUGUACCAUGUGGUUGUUAAAAUAUAUUCUUGAUAAUCUUGGAGUUUUGAUGGAAGAGAUGUGAUGAAUAUUUCCACUGUAUUCAAAGGAUGCAAGAUUUACUGCAGAAAUCUUGAUAUUUGCUGGAUCAUUAAAACAGUUGAGCACUUUUAAAUCAUCUAAACGAAGUGAUGGGCCAUCAACAAUCAGAGAUGAGUCAAUGCUGCAGCCAAGUAAGCUCAAGCUUUCAAGGAACAAACAAAUAGAGAACAUACUUGCCAUAAAAACUUCAUCCACAGUGACCCUUUCCAGAUAAAGAGUUCUUCAUUGCGUGAAUCCGUCAAAAUCAGGAGGAGGCCUUAGAACACAUCUGCUCAACCUCAAAUGCUUUAGAGUUGAUGAUGUGGCCAAUUCUGAUCGGAAAAAAUAAUAGUCGUUCAUCCUCGAAGUACGAAAUAAGUGAAGAUCUGCACUUCAACUCCCCUUAAAAUUGCAAAACUAAUCCAUGCAUUAAGGGUGUCAGCUGAUUUAGCAUCCAAAUAGAAAGCCGCUUUGAAAGAGUCUACCUUCUCACCACGGUACAUGUUUCACAAAAAUGUGAACUUUAGAAUUUGGUGUGACAUAAUUGCUUCCAAAAAUGUUUGGAAUAUUGAAUUCAAGGUCUCGUCUUGUUAGUAUGUAAUCCAACCAGAGCUGCCGGUGCCUCCACCGGUGGCAGAUCAUGCUUGUACCGGCUGCUUCUUUUAUGGUUAAGAAUGAAAGAACGCUUUCAGGAAGUUCAUUAAUCCAA